AUGGAGGGCCGGGGCCUGGAGGAAGACGCGCUGCUGCAGAAGCUCAGGGACAGCCGCCGCCGCUUCCAGAGGCGCAUGCGGGAGCUGAUAGAGAAGUAUGACCAGCCCUUCGAGGACGACCCACUGGUGCAGAUGGCCACGCUGACCUACCAGACGCCCCAGGGAUUGAAAAUUUGGGGAGGAAAACUAAUAGCGGAAGGAAGCGAAGGACUAAUCCAGUACUCCCCUGGGAAGCCAGAGGACAGGAUGGAAGACCCUGGGUAUGCCGCAGCCCGAGGUGACGAGCCUGUGCCUUUGUGCCCCCUAGUCCUGAGAGCCGAUCCAGGAAGCAGCCAUGCCAGAGCAGCGGUGGAGCCUGGCAGUCCUCUGGCCCAGGCAUUGGUGCCUUCAGUGCCUUGGAGCCCUCUGAAAAAUGAGUUAAGAAGGAAAUAUCUGACCCAGGUGGAUGCACUGCUUCAAGACGCAGGGUGUUUUGAGGGCACAGAUAAGAGAGGCACAUCAACCACACCCAUGACUCCCAUGCCUUCCCUGGCCUCUCCUGCCAUGCCUGGCCCCGGACCCUGUGGCAGUGUCUCUGCAGAGAGCCCUGGUGACCCUAUGGAGCUGACUCCCUCCCCCAGAGAGUUGGAUCCCUUGUGUCCUUGCCCAGCCGACCUGGCCACAGCAUCUAGAAAUGACAGUCUGUCACUGCUAGGGACCAGCAGCUGCGUGAGCAGCCAGUCCUUUGAGGCGGAUGACAUCUGUGAUGUGACGAUCAGCGACUUGUACGCGGGUAUGCUGCACUCCAUGAGCCGGCUGCUGAGCACAAAGCCCUCGAGCAUCAUCUCCACCAAGACCUUCAUCGUCCAGAGCUGGAGCUCCAGGAGGAGGCGCGUGCGCAGGGGCAGGGCGCUGGUGAGCGAGCGGCACUGUGCCAGGGCUCGGUGCUCCCGGAGGGGCUCCCGGGAGAGGCCUGCACCCUGCUCAGAGCCCAGGCAAGAGACAGGACCCCUAAGAGACUGUAAGAACUUACUGCAUGUCGCCCAGCAUGAGCCAUCUUCAAAACUGGACAGAGCUUUUCUUGCAGGAAACAAAGCCCAGAGCCUUAAAUUAGAUCCACGUUGGAAGGAACUUCAGGUGACACCCUGGAAGCAUUCUUCCUUGACUUGGGACCUCAACACAGUGCAUCAUCCUGACCAGGAAAAUAGACUGAGGAUGCUAAAGUGGUUGAUUUCUCCUGUAAAAAUAGUUUCUAGACCAAAAAUGUUGCCCAGCCCAGCAGAGAAUCGAUACAGGGAGAUUGAAAUCAAAUUUAACAAGCUGCAUCAAGAAUGUUGCCCAAGUGUUGGGAAACGAGCUUCCCCAGAUGGCUUUUCGGGCUCCUGGGCCAUGGGUGUGUACAGAGGUGGUUCUGUGAGCCCACGCGGCCUCGGGGGCUUAAAAACCCUCAGGCAGAGUUUGCCUUUCAGCAAAGCAAAACCGAAGGGACUAAGUGAGGCCUUUGAAAACCUGAGCAAAAGAUGUGUGGAGGCAGGUAGAGGCCCACCAGAGAGCGACGCCUCCCCAUCUCUUCCCAAGAGCCGCGGCCACUCUUGGCAGACAUCUGGCCUCCUUCAGGGACAGAGUUCUGGAACAUUCAGAAAGGCAUGGUCACCCCGCCAAGCUAUUUCAGUACCUAGGGUAGAACCUCUGGCCUGUGAGAGAAAUCGCUACAAUGAAAUCAAAGAGAACUUUGACCAGCUUCAUCAGGAGUAUUGCCAGAGGUCGCCUCAGCCUCGGCAGCAGGUGCUGCAGGCAAAGGCACCUGCCCCGCUUGGAGUGUCUCCAGAUAAAGCUGAUGUAGGGGUUCAGAGCCAAACCCCAGAGCUCUUCGGAAAGUCAAAUCGAGACUCUCUCUUCCAGAAGCUGUCACUGUCACCGCAGUGGCACAUGCGAAGUCCACAGGGCUCACCUGCAGCUGAGGCUCAUCCAUCUGCUCACUCUGCUCAUGGUUCCAGGAGGGACCCUCAGUCCCCUGCAAAAAGACACAGGCUGUCAGAGCCCCAGGCGCGUGGACACYGGGCCAGUUUCCCGGCUUCCUCAGAGGUGGAAGAAGCCGACCCCAGACCAGGGGAGCAGGGUGGCCCCCCACAGGCCAGCUGGUAA